ACUUCCUGAUUCACUUCACAACAUAAACUUCCUCUCAGAGCACCAGCCUGAAGAGAAAAGAGGUAGUGGGGGGGUGUAUGGUUUCUUUACAACAAUGGAAAUUCAAUCAGGAAAUGGAGAGGAGGUGGCGAGUGUGACCUCAGGCUUCGUUUCUCACAGUCCCUCUGGGAUGCAGGUAGAGGCAUCGGAUGAUCCAGUCCUCAGAGAGGACCUACAGGCUGCUAAGAGGAUUGAGAGGUUUGACAUCCCACUCGAUAGCCUGAAGAGAAUGUUUGAGAAGCCUGCUGCAGCAAACACAGAAGUCCCAACCAUCCACGCCUCCCCAGCCAAAAGAGUUGCUGCACCCAGCAGCCUCGCUCAGUCUGACCUGCCACCAGAUUGCGGAAUGGCCUCACCUCAGGAUGCCAGUGUUUCUGCAGGCAGCGCAGGUAGACGUCCCAAGGAGAGGGCCCUGAGCGCCGAGGACCACGAGGCCGAGUCGGUGUCGGUGAAAGAGCGGCUGGCGAUGUAUCAGGCUGCAGUGUCCAAGAAAGAAAGCAGCAGCUCCUCCUCUGCAGUGAUGAUGAGUGAGUCAGAGGCCCGUUCGCUGCCUGGUGGGCUGGCCAGUGUGAAGAGACAGUUUGAGAACCAGGAGUUUGCCUCAUCUUCCUCCCAAUCCACCAUCACCCAGUUUCACUUCCAGCAGAGAUCUGUCCAGGAGAUGUCAAGCUCCUCUGAGGUGACAGCGAGAAGCAGUGCCAGAGACGUCACCCCCACCACAGCCCUCUCUCGAGAAGAGGUGAUGCACAAUCAAAGAGUCCACCAUAAUGAUGUGGCUGCCAGUUACGGGAACCAUUACAAUGAAACAGUUAUGCUUGUCAGAGGAGAGGACCUACCAAAGGUUUCCACUCAGGCUUUGAAGCAGCAGUAUGAAAAAACGAUUGAGGAAGCUGCACCAGCCAAGGAAAUUAAGGUUGAUGUGGAUUUGAACCAGUAUCAGUGGGCACCAGUAAACCAGUCUUCUAAAACUUCAGCUAUGACGAGAUAUGAGACUUCUUCCGCUGUAAAGACUGUUACUGCGUCAUCAGGAGCAUCUGCCUCAGCAGUGGCUUCUGAGGCCACAGACCAUUUCCCUCUCCCACCCUUAAACCUGCUGCAGGUAUCGCGAGAAAUCCCCGACCACAUUGUCUCUUCCCAGCCUCAGGAGCCUGCAUCUCAACAUAAGUACACUAUUAAUAGGGAAGAGUACUUUAAACACAAGAACAUGGCUGAACUAAAGCGCCUCUACAAACACAUACACCCAGAGGUGCGCAAAAACCUCGAAGCUGACAUUGUCAGUCAGCUCAGCGAAGCAGAAAAAGCUGAACUGGAGAGCAAGGAAGGGGUGGGUGACGUCCAGCAGGCAUGCUAUAUGUUUGAAAAUGAUGGCAACAUCUCCAGUAAGUGUUCAAGUCCUGACAGGGAAUACCUGGAUUGGGAUGAGAUCCUUAAAGGUGAAGUGCAGUCCAUGCGCUGGAUGUUUGAAAACAAGCCUCUAGAUACGAUUAAAGAUGAAACCCCCGAUGAGAAUGAGGUGAAGAAUAUUUCCCAGCAGGAAAUCAUUGCUGGCAAAGAUGUUAGAUACACAGCUUGGAUGUUUGAGACGCAGCCUAUGGACGCUCUGGGGGCAGAAACACCUGAUACGACUGAGCGCUCGCAAAAACAGACUGAUCUCGCCCGAGGCGAUGUCCGCACAGCGACCUGGCUGUUUGAAACGCAGCCGCUCGAUUAUCUGAAUAAGAUCUACCAAGAUUUCGAGCAGGAGACCGAUGUUUGUGUGAGCAAAGACAUCACUGGUGGAGAUGUCAAAACCGCCAGGUAUCUGUUUGAGACCCAGCAUCUGGAUUGCUUGGGUAAAACAGAAACCAUCGAGGAGAGUCACUUCCUCAACCUGAAGUCUGAGCUGGAAGAAAUUAAAGGGAAUGUGAAGACAACUACCCGCAUGUUUGAGACACUGCCCAUGUGUGUCAUCAGGGGGGAUUCAGGAGAGAUGCUGGAAAUCACCACCAUCCGCAGAGAGGAGAUGGAAAAAGGAGAUGUGAAGACAUCACGCUGGAUGUUUGAAACCCAGCCUCUGGAUAUAAUCAACAAAGACCCUGCCGAGGUAAAGCUUAUAUGUGGGAUUUCCAUGGAGGACAACGUUCAAGGUGGUGUGAACAAAGGUAGAUGGCUUUUUGAAACAAAAACUCUCGACACGAUCAAGGAUGAAGAAUGGGAGAGUUCCAGGAAGCAAAAGGAAGAAAUAAUUGGUGCUGAUGUGAGGAAGCACUGUCUUGUUUUUGAGACUCAGCCUAUGGAUACUCUGAAAGACAACGCCAAUGCUCGGCCUUCACCCGGCGAGGAGAUUGUAGGAGGUGACGUUCAGUCAGCCAAGCAUCUUUUUGAAACAGUACCAAUGGAAAACCUGAAAGAGCUGCUUGAAGUGGGAAAACUUAAGAAAACAGUGGCUUCAGAAGAAGAAAAGGGUGACGUGAGGCAUCAAAAGUGGGUGUUUGAAAGUCAGCCCUUAGAGAAUAUAAGGGAGGAGAAGAAGGAGAUUACAAGAACUGUGAAUAUUGAAGCACUCGACAAAGGGGAUGUGGCAAACUACAAAGAAAGGUUUGAAAGCAUGGAUUUAAGCAAAUGCGAGGGAAUGCAGAAAAUUCAAGUCGAAGGUGUCACAAGUGGCUUCGUCAAGUCCAACAGAGUUCUUUUUGAAUCUACCCCAUUGUAUGCUAUGCAAGACAGCUCUGGCCAUUACCAUGAGGUGAAGACUGUGAGGCGUGAGGAGAUUGUGAAAGGAGACGUGCGCAGCUGCCGAUGGAUGUUUGAGACACGUCCUAUUGAUGAAUUUGAUGAAAGCAUCAGUAAGUUUCAGAUCAUAAAAGGCAUAUCUAAACAGGAAAUUCAGUCAGGGGAUGUCAAAACAGCCAAGUGGUUGUUUGAAACCCAAGCACUCGACACCAUUAAAUUGUUCAGUAAUUUUGAGAAUGAAGAACAUAAAUCCAACGAGAGCAUUCAAAUUGAGAAAGGAGACGUGAAGACUUGUAGGUGGCUCUUUGAAACUCAGCCGAUGGAUGUUCUGUAUGAAAAGGUGGAAAAGAGUGAGUCUGAUGUGGAAGAAGUGCAAAAAGGUGAUGUGAAAACAUGCACAUGGCUCUUUGAGACGCAGACACUUGAUAACAUACGAGAUCAUUCGGAGUCAGAGACCAUUCUGAAGACCUGCACCGUAAAUCAGGAGGACAUUCACGGAAAAGACGUGCGGCUGGCUCGUUUUCUCUUUGAAACCGAAAAUCUGGAAAACAUCACAGGUGAGGACAGCAGUUCUUUCAGGAGGGUCACGGAAAUUGACAUCCAGUCGGGCGAUGUUUCGAGGAUGAAGUACAUCUUUGAGAAUCGUUCCUCUGACAUUAUGAGCUCCACCUCUGAGGAGAUGAUGCAGAAACUGAAGGUGCAGCAAGCUCAGGACAUCCAGAGGGGAAAUGUGGUCAACUGUACUUGGAAGUUCGAGAACCAGCCGAUUGAUGCGAUCCGUGAGGACAGCGCUGAGGCGAGGGAAGUUCGCACUGUGACUGACGUUCAGGGAGGUGAUGUUAACAAAGGCCGUUUCAUUUUUGAGACAUUCUCUCUUGAUCAAAUUAAAGUGGAGUCCACUGAGACUGAUAUUUCAAAACUCACUAAUAUCUUUAGAGAUGAAAUAGAGAAGGGAGAUGUGAAAAAUUACACCAUGAUGUUUGAAACUCAGCCUCUCUAUGCCAUCCGUGACAAGGAGGGCCAUUAUCAUGAAGUAACUACGGUUACUAAAGAAGAAAUCAUGAGAGGAGAUGUGGUCGGGGCCCGAUGGCUGUUUGAGACAAAACCUCUGGAUUCGAUUAGAGAUUCAGAGGAAGUCUAUGUUAUUAAAGCUGUCACUGAGGAAGGUAUCAACAAAGGAGAUGUCAGCUCUGCCAGGUGGAGGUUUGAAACGCAACCACUGGAUGAAAUUACGGAGGAGAUAAAAGUGAGGUCAAAGACAGUCGCGGAUAUCCAAGGUGGCGAUGUGAAGAAAAACAAGCAACGGUUUGAGACCGAUGAGACGUCUCAACAGUACAUCAGAACUGUUAGUGUGAGUGAAAUCCAAAAAGGCGACGUCAGAGCUGCCACGUGGAUGUUUGAAACCCGCACGAUUGAUGAGAUACGUGGUGAUGUCGCCGAGUACGGCGGCAUGGAGAGAGUGACAAAAGAGGAAGUAAUGAAAGGGGAUGUCAAACAGUCUGUGUGGCUCUUUGAGAAGCAGCCACUUGAUAGAAUCAAAGAGAGUGAUGGCACAGAUCUUGUUGUGACAAAGGAGGAAAUCCCACAGGCUGAUGUGAAGACAACAACGUGGCUAUUUGAAACCACUCCAUUCCAUGAAUUCAACGACAGCAAUGUGGAAAAGACAGAGAUAUUUGGUAAAAGUAUCAAAGAGACCCUUGAGGAACUUUAUUCCCAGAAAAUGGUGGAGUCACAGGGUAUUCUUAUUGAAGCAGAUGAGAUUGGAGAUGUCCGCAUGGCAAAGUAUAAACUCAUGAACCAGGAGGCUCCUCAGAUCCAAAAAGAAGAGAUCAUUAGAGGAGAUCUGAGCAACAUAAUGAUGAACCUCCUGAACCGCAGGGAGACCACUGAAAGGGUUAUAACUAUCGACAAGGAGGAGCGUGGGGACAUCAGCACCACUGUGAAGCAGCUAUUCAACCAGGAAAGGGGAAUCAGUGUGGAGAAAGAGGAAAUUAUCCAUGGUGACAUUCAAGAAGCCAUGAACAAUCUGCUCAAGAGGGAAGGCUCCUCCAAGCACGGCAUUCUGAUUCAAGAGGAUGAAAGAGGAGACGUUAGGAUGACUAUCUAUUCCCUGUUAAAUAAGGGGGAGAUAGCUGGCAUGGAGAAAGAGGAUAUCAUUCAAGGAAAUGUCAGCAAAACUCUCCAACGCCUCCUCUCCAACUCAGAUGGAGAAGAGUCUAAAAAGAUAAAAGUCUUAGACACAGAGAGGGGUAAUGUCAGCUUUUACUCCACAUGCAUUGAGUCUGGAGCUUUGGAUUACCUGAAGCAGCUUCAGUUUGAAUCAGACGAAAGCCAGGAAAAGGUCCAAAAAGAGCAUAUCAUAGGCGGCGAUGUUGAAGAGACCAAAAUGUUGCUGCGGAAGAAUCAGCAGCAGAUUGGUCGCACAGUAACAGAGGAUGAUAUAGUUCCUGGUGAUGUGCACAGCAUUGUUAAGGUUUUUAUGACAGAGCCUACUGUCACAUACAGGAACCUAGAGAAAGAGGACAUUGUUAAAGGCAACCUCAGUGCAGCUUUGGAUUCACUGACCCAAGCCAUCAAUCAGAAAGUGGUAGUAGAGAAAGAGGAGGUGGUAAAAGGAGACAUACCCACUACUUUGAAGUCUCUAGAGGAGGCCCAGCAUCAAGCUAAAGAAAUGGAAAAGCCUGAAAUCAUCAAGGGAGACAUCAGGGGUGCUCUCGAGUCACUGGAAAAAUCUGCAACCACCAAAACCGAAGCAGCUGUUGAAGAUUUAGUGCCAGGUGAUAUUAGAGGGACCCUGAAGUCCCUGGAGGAGGCGAAGCAAGCUGUGAAAGAGGUGGAAAAAGAGGAAAUUGUUAAAGGAAAUAUUCACACAGCCAUGCAAAGUUUGCACGAAGCAUCGAGCGAGAAAAGGGUUUACCAGCAUCAAGUGAGCGAGCAAGGGGAUGUUAAAGCCACCAUUCAGCUCCUGCUGCAGCCAACAACGUCUCCGAGAAUGCAACACAGAGGGAGCAUUGAAGGAGACGUGAAAACAUCCAUUAAAUCCCUUUAUGAAGAACAGGACACAAUGCAGGCAGAAAAAGAAGAGGUUGUAAAAGGUGACGUUCAAGGGGCGAUAAAGUGUCUAAUGCAAAAAAAGCAGUAUUCAAAACCAAAACGUGUAUAUCCUCCCAAGAAGGCAAACGCGCCCGUGCAAAAUACAUUAACUGUAAAGCAAGAGAAGCAUGAAUGUGUACAUGAAAUUAAGAGGGAGAGUGCAGCAGUCAGUCCACCCCCUGCUGUGAAAAACCUCUCUCAGAGUGGUGAGUCACAGAGGCACACACAGAGGCAGCAUGAAAACAAAUCGUUGAAAACACAGGUAAUAACCCAAGAGGACCACUCUGUUACUGUAGCCAAAGCAGACAAUCCUGCAGGGGCCUCUCAGCUGAAGAGCACCAGAGAACAGAAACAGAAAAUACAAGCACCGAAGCCUGUUACGAUAAAGAAUAAACAAAUGAUUAAUAAAGAUCAAACAGAUGCUAAAGCUGCUGAUGCGUCUGUGAUGAAAGAGGUGCGCAACAUAUCGCAGACGCAUAUUUCAAAGAAGCAAGUGUGUGAGACAAAGACAGUCAAACAGGUGCACGCUACAGUGACGGAGAAAACUACUGUGGGCCAGCAAAAUGUAACAGAGCAGACGUCAACGUCUCAAAGGCAAACAGAAAAUAAGGCUCUCACACAAAAGCAGGACAGUGACCUCCCACCCCCACCACCUCCACCUCCUAUGGAAUGCAUAAAGUCUGAUCAGGAAUUUUUCCCUCCUCCUCCUCCGCCUCCCCCACCACCGCCCUCUGUCAGUCCACAAGAUUUUCUCCCUCCACCGCCUUCACAGCAGGAGCUUAAUGCAAUGCCACAGCCUCCCGCAGCAAGGCUAGGGAAGCCCAUUAGCAAACCUUUAUUCAAAGUGCCCAAGCAGCCAGAACCACAGCAGCCCAUACAAGUAAAGCCCAAAUGGCAGAAAAAACAACCACCUCCUCCACUGCCUCCACCUCAGCUCGCUCCUGAGCAAGUUAGAGCAGUGUCGACAGUCCAGAAAUUAGAAGCCAAAGCUCAGGAGGUGAAACAAGAAACAACUCAACAGGUUGAAACAAGCAAUCAGACUGAGUCAACGGCAGUGUCCCAGGCAAAAAUAUCAAGUAUUCCUGUUGUUAAAUCAGCCCAAAAGCAAAGCCCACAGCCACCUAAAAAAGUGUUUGUUCCUCCUAUUAAACUGCCUCCAUCUCCAGAUCCGGAUCCAGCCCCAAAACCCAGACCUUAUGCUCGCAAAUUUAAAACCCCGCUCAUGUGUGCAGAGGAACGGUACCGGCAGCAAAGGCUGGAGAAGGAAGAAACAGAGAGGAGUAAAGCUACUUCUCCCCCAAGCUCUCCCCCAUUUGCUGCUAAUGCUCAGCAUCCUGCAGCGGAAAACACUGAGAAAAAAGUGGGCAUCGAAGUGAUAAAGGAAAAGGCUGAAGAAGUUAAGACUGUUUCCAAAGAAGGAAUAAUGGCACAGGACACACCUUCUAAGAAAGUCCCUUCCCAGAUCCCUUUGAGCAAACCUUUGAUCUCAGUGGUAAAUAAGAAAUCAGCUUCUGGAUCUUCAAUUGUUUCCAGUGAGCAAUCCUCAGAAAAAAACCUCGCCUCAGCCCAAGUUUAUAAAAAGGGUCAAACUGCAUCCAAGAAUCAGGCUGCUUCCAUGUCUCAGGCUCACCAUGAGAUCUCAGAUAAUGAAGUCCAGUCAUGCUCGAGCGUGGUCACUUUCUCAGUCACAGAGCAGCAGCAGCAGCAGUUUAUUAAGAAAUCCAGCACCAGGUCUAUCAGUGCCACACAGCGUGCAGCCCACGAAAAUGUAAAUCUUCAAGGCCAGGCAGCAGUCACAUUGAAAGCUGAAGAUGUAAAGAAUAUUAAUGUGCCUCUGACACAGGAGGAGAAAAUUAGUCCCCCGCAACCCACUAAAAUUCCAAAGGUAACUCCAAGUUUCAAGGUAAAAACCUUUAAGAUGCCAGUGGAGAAGAAAGGGGAGAAAAGUAACAAUUUGGGACAAAAGGAAGCAAAGAAAAGUGAAAUGAAUUUACAGCAAGAGAAAAGUGAAACCAACGAGAUUCGGGAAGGCGACCGGCUGAUCUCAGCAAGAACUGAGGUGAAAACAGAAGUGAGAGGAAAAGAGACGAAGAGUCAGGUGACCCCAUCUGUGAAGGAAGCUGAAGCGGAAGUUCACCUGAGAAAGGGAAAGCAGGUGCAAAAAAAUGAGACUGAAGUAAAGCUGUCACCAUCAGCAUCCCACCAGGGACAAGGCCAUGUAUCUGUCUCCCACAGUCAGCAGAAGAUGAAGACAGAGCAGAUUCAAAAACGUGAGGAGGUGGUUGUGACCGAGCGUGUGGUACAGCAAAGCCUUCAGAAGCAAGAGGCUGUUCAGGUGCAAAAACAGCAGAUAAAGCUACAAGCAGCAGAUACAAAUAAAAUGCCGAUAAUGGCAGGAAAGGCACAAGGUGAGCCUAAGGAUGUGUCUGUGAAAGGUGAGGGGAAAUUUUCCCACAAAGACGAGGCUUACCAUGAGGAAAUCACAGAUUUAGAGAAAUUCACUGUAACUCAUAAGCUGCUUGCUCAAAUAAAAGAGCUGGAGGGCGCACCAAGCAAAGUAGACUCCAGCACUGUCAGGAUGAUUAUAAGCGAAGUCCCCGACUGGAUAAUGGGCUCAUAUGAGAAGAAGAAUUUAAGUGAAAUUGCUAAGCAGCAAAGCAAGAAAAAGUUGAAAGAGAUGAUGGUUUAUGUCAAAAAUAUAAUUCAAGCAAAGCUCACAGUUUUGGAGAAAAACUUGACAGCAGUGGAAAAGGAGGGAAAAGAAGACAAAGCAAAACAGCCAGUGCCGCCACCAGUGCCUCCAAAACCAGACAAGAAAGUUUCCAGUGGGGCGACCGCAAAGAUAACAAAGAUCACCACCGGCUCGUGCAAUACUGAAACGAAGGUGGUGGAAAAGAAAAAAUCACUUCAAGAGAGUCGAAUGCAUCAGGAGCUGAGUGAAGGAGCUGAUCAGAGGGUGUCCUCCCCAUUAGCGAGCAUCCGCACUCCGUCACCUACUUUUAUUAGCAUUGAGUCGCGAAGAGUUGACUCGCCACUCAGAGUGACUCCUUCUCCUCCAUCCUACAGAUCAGUGGGGACACCUCCGCCUCCUUGCAAGUCGUACACGCCCACAUCUACCUUUAGCAGGGCCACGCCUUCUCCCACCCUGAGCCGCUCAGAGAAGCUGAUGAAACUGAAGGAUACCACCUCGAAGCUUUCCCACGGCGGGACCCUUCCUCCUCCCAUGCCAGUUCCAGAAUAUUUUGCCACCGAAAAAGAGCGGUCGUCCCCAUUUAGCGACAGGGAGAUCCUCACUGAGAGAAAUGAGCACGGGUUGAUGGAUGUUGCAGAAAUGGUGGAUUCCAUGAUGACAGUAAAGGACAAAAAGUCUUUCUUUGAGGAGGCCCAGAGGGCGGAGGUGAACAAGAUGUACAUCCGGAAGGAUCCGAUUGAUAUCCCUGAGCGGUUGGGACCUGACAGUGAGGAAACAGCUGAGACUGUGGCCAUAGACAUUCUUAAAGAGGACCUCCCAAGAGUUGAUUUAUCAAAGCUCGUAAACAGAUUUGAAUCGCCACAACCAAAAGUUUACAGCAGAAAAGAGCCUAUUGUAAUAGCAGAGAGGCUGGGGAGCGAUACAGAGGAAGCAGAGGCAGAACCACACAUGGCGAGAACCGAAGAAAUCCCCACACUCAAAGUCAAAGCAAUAAAGGAUGUGUUCGAGACGGGAGAGCAUAGUUCUCAAGCAGCAAGAGAGCUUAGAGAACAAAUAGAAAGAAGAGAACCUGAAGCAGACUGCUCUGAGCAGGCAGGUCACUCUGAAGCGACAUCAGUCAUCGAGCAAUUCUGCACCACUGAUAACUUUGGAAGUAUGACAAGAGAGAUGAGGAGUGAGGUGCAUUCUGGGAGCUCCCUGACCCGUGGUAACCCUCCAUCCUACGCAGACGUUGUGAGGGGAAGAGUUCCUACAGUUGCCGUGCCCCCUGAGGCCUCCUCCGAGGAGCUGCUGAGAAACUUCCAGCAAUCGUGGGCUGAAAGCCAAGGAGUUUUCCAGAACCUGGGUUUCAGUGUCACGGAGCAGAGGACUUCACAGAUUAUAACGCACCAGCAGCAGAAUUCCAUCAUGAAAUCACCAUCGCCUGAAAAGAAAGUCAUGGAUUCCAGAUAUUCCACUGCUCAGACUACAUUAGGCACUCGGGAUUACGAUGCAAGCAAAUCAGUGGAUGAAAGCAAAAAGCCCACGAGCAAGAUUUCAGUAGUGUGGCCUCCCCAGGCAGAUUCCCCAAAGAAACCCUUCACGAUCGAGGAGGAGUUGAAGUUGAUUAAGCCAUCGUGGCCUCCUAAGGAGGGCUCCGAUCAGGAAAACGAUGACCUAAAUCAGCCUGUGACGCGCUCAUUAAAAGACACCGAUGCUCUUUCGGUUAAAGUGCAAAAUGGACUCCAAGAAAAUAACAAGGUGCAUGAGAGUGCCUGUUUAACAGAGAGUGUGAAAAAGCCUGAAGAGGCUCCAGCAGAGUCCAAGUUUCUGACCUCCUCCGUAGCAGUCGCUGAAGAGCCAGCGGGUGUCACUCACACUCGAGAAAGUAAAGAGUCAAACAGCAGCUUGGAGGCUGUGGCACAAAGGGGUUCUGAAAUGUACUCUGAAGUACACCCAGGAGUGGAGGAGAAAGAACAAAGUGAAGAGAAUGAUGGUGGAGCCGGGGAAAGCAUGAAAGUGCCAGAGACGAAUGAAGAGGAAAGUGCAGGAGUAAGGGAGAGAGUGAAAGUAAAUGGACAUGACAGGCAGGUAGAAAGUGCAGCAUUUGAGAAGGAAAGCCAGGAGGAGAUGGAUAGAGGGAAUAACGAAAGCAACGGGGAGGCAGUAAAGGUCACAUUAAUAGGUGAGGAGACAAUAGCAGGAGAGGCUUUGAUUUCAAACUCCAAUAAUAAUAAUAAUAAUAAUAAUAAUGAUCAGACGUUGUUUGACCGUGAAUUUCUGCUUGAAGGGCUUAAUGAGGCUGAGGAAAAUAAAAAUCAGCUGCAGUUUUUGUCAGAUAUCGCCGGAGCAACAGAUUUCUCGCAGGCCGUUCCCUGUAAAGAACCUAAAUGGAUGCCAAGUGAAGUGUUGCAGUUGGCACAGAGAGAUGAUGCCUUUGUGCCAGAGGGUGCCAAAUGUUCUGAAGCCACAGAUUGCUGUUCAGAUACAAAUUUCUUCCCAGAGACAGGCGAGGGAAUGCUGGCUGUCAAACACGAGGCCACCGAGCCAAAGAUCAGCACAUCGAGCUUCCUGGAGGACAUUUUCGCCGGCCUGAGCACCAGCAGCUCCAGCCUGCUAACUGAUUUCAAAUCUGACAUCUUCGGUCAAUCUGCUGGAGAGAGGCCUCUGGCGUCGGUGCUGGAUGACCUUUUGGAUUUCGGGAUGGAGCCGAGAGAUGAGAGAGGAAAAGAUGAGAGGGGCGACGGCCUUGCCGCGGACUACGGCGCAGGAAGGGACGGCACUUCUCUGUGGGCAGAGGAGGAUGAUGAAGGUCUGACAGUGGAGGAGCAGAUCAAGAGGAACAGAUGCUACGACAGCGAGGAUAGCGACAAUGCUUAAAUUUGGCCCAUUCAGCUAAGAAACAGGCAGUAAUGACAACAUGUACUUUCAUCUGUCCAUGGAGAGAUGAAGCGCUCUGACUUAAUUUAGCAUUUUUUGGUUUUUGUACUGAGUUUUGAAAUCUUCUCGAAUCAAUAUGUAGUUUUGUUUGAUGGAGAGUGAAUGCACCUGGUGUGCAGAGGAAUGGAGAUCUGUCCAUUGUUUAUGUUACACUGCAUCUAUAUUUUUGCUGACUGAUCUCAAUGAAGCUAUAUUUUCAACAAUUGCAAUAUGUUUAGUAAUUACAAACGAUGUCUGCCUUUAA